AUGGAGUCUCGAGGAAAAUCGACACUCGCACCAAGAGCUUCGGAUGCAGUGGUCUGGAUUCAGUAUGAGCGACAACUGGAACCAGUCCAGACUUUCCGCACAGACCGAGAUGGACUCGCACUGGAGGAGAUGGUUGAUGAAAUCGAGCACAUCAAUGUCUUGAAAGACCAAGCGAAAAGGGACCUCGAGAGAUCUAUGGGAGAGGCCUCUGUCUUCGACCAAGAAAAGGACAAGACCAAAUUCAGACAAUACGAGGAAGCCAACGACCGAGUCAAGAACUUCUACAAGGAGCAACAUACAAAGCACACCGUCGCCUAUAACCUCCGAGCUCGCAACAACUUCUACAGCAAGACUCGAGCUGAGAUGACCAUCUGGGAAGCCAUUGAAAAGCUCAACACUCUUAUCGACGAGUCAGACCCCGACACAGAACUUAGCCAGAUAGAACAUCUACUUCAGUCGGCCGAGGCCAUCCGUCGUGACGGCAAACCAAGAUGGAUGCAGCUCACCGGCCUCAUCCAUGACCUUGGCAAACUCCUCUUCUUCUUCGACGCUGACGGUCAGUGGGACGUGGUAGGAGAUACCUUCCCGGUCGGCUGUGCCUUCGACGACCGCAUCAUCUAUGGCAACAAAUCUUUCGCCGAGAACCGCGACUACGAUGACCCAAUCUACAGCACAGAGUACGGCAUCUACACUCCUGGUUGCGGCCUCGACAAGGUCAUGCUCAGCUGGGGUCACGACGAGUACCUCUACCACGUCGCAAAAGAGCAGAGCACUCUGCCCAAGGAGGCUCUGGCCAUGAUCAGGUUCCACUCUUUCUACCCGUGGCAUAGCGCUGGUGCUUACAAGUGGAUGAUGGGUCCCGGUGACGAGGAACAGCUCGCUGCAGUGAAGGCUUUCAAUCCAUAUGAUCUGUACAGCAAGUCGGAUGAGAAGCCAAAGGUUGAGGACCUGAAGGACUACUACCUUGAGUUGAUUGAUGAGUACUUCCCAAAGAAGGUCAUUCGAUGGUAG